AUGGACCCUCAAUCUAGCGACAGCGUCUCGCGCUCAGGGAUCCAAAAUGAAAAGAAAAAGCAAAAAAAGCAGCUCUACGGCGGAGGAUCAAUGAUCGAUAAUGGCGUUUUCGAGAAGUUACAUGAGAUAACAUCUACGAUUGAUGUGAUAAACGAAGAAGUGGUAAACGAUUUUGGACCAGUCAUCGAAUUUUUUAGUAGUAACUUUGCUACGCAAGCCUUACAAGCAUGGUCAUACUAUGCGCAGGUUAACAAUCAUCAAAAGUUUACUGACUCUACGGUUAAACUUACGAAAGCACUAGUGGUCCUAAACAAAGAUUCAAGCACGCUAGAGCUCGGAUCAACUUUGAUAAGGGAUAUUCUAAGCAAUUAUAUCAAAGUUCUUUACAGAGGUAUUAAUAACAUGAAGCCGUCGAUCACCAAUCCCAUACUGCGGUUAAUAAAAGAAUUCGUCACUUUUAAUGAUGGUCAAUACAUAGAUGAUUUUUUAACCCUUUUCGAUCUCUCUUUACCCACUUUGCCAAAGAUUUUAACCCCUGCCAAGGCUGAACUUGCCGAUCAGGAAUUGGCACGGAAAAACUCUAGAAUAUCAAUGCGAAGCAACUUCAUCGCCCUUUGGUUAGCCCUCAUCAAGCAUUCCACCCCUCUGUUGAGAAAAGGUGUUUUGAUAGAUAAUUAUAAGAUUAUGAGUACAUGGUACAAGUACAUGAACAAAGUGGAUAAUUCGAAACUGUUGGGUGAUACUCUCGAAGUUUUUACAGAUUUUGUAUUGAAGGAGAAGGCAUUCAGAAAGACUACCAAAUGCAAAGUCCUCAAUGAGGCCCUUAUUAGUAAAAUCCAUAACCUCUACCAUUGCAAUGAGAAAGAACUUAUAAAAAAAGCAGACGAUUUUUUUCAAGUUUACGCAACUGAUCCUGAAUACAGCGUUGCAUUUAUCGAUGAUAAGCUUUGGUUCAACGAGCCUGUAUAUUCAGCAGAUGGCUCAUCUACCAGAAACGUGGGGGCCGUUGUUCUUGUAAACAACAAGAAGUUUUAUCUUUAUAAUAAACUUCUGUUUACAGUGAUUACAUUUUUUAAACCUUGGGAAGAUGACAUGCAACUCAACACAGUAGCGAAAAUUUUGAGCCAUGUGCCUGAACUGGUACCUCCUUAUUGUAAUUACUUGGCUACACUCGGAAAUCAUGAUCCAAGAAUGACAUCUUAUUGGUUUGGUAUGACUUUACUGCUUGGCAGAAUUAUUAAUCUGCCCAUUCCCGAAAGGAUGAUGUCUGUGCAGACCGAUCUCGUUCCUUCAGUAUCGCUUGUAAUGGAGACAAUUUUUCCAGCGUCCAUCUCAAAAAGUUCUCUUACUAGAGGCCUUCAAAAUGAUAUCCCAUUAAUUACACAGCUUACCUGUCAAUUGAUGGUAUUUUCAUUCAAAAAAUUCCGGAAAGUUCUUGAACUAUAUGAUGAGAAAGGUUGGGAGUCAUCAAAAUCUAUUAUAAGCAACGCUUUUAGGAGCAGGAUACCAGAUUUACCCAUAAUAACAAAUACCAUCAAAGAUACCUUUACCAAGCACCAUGACAAUAAGAUUUUGUCAUUAUCAUUGACGAUAAUUUUACGGCAAUAUAGUGAAGCAUUUCCUAAUUUCUUCAAUGUUGUUCUGCCGACUCCAAAUAUCUACAGAGAAAUUAUGGAGGCAGCUUCUAUUGGUGGCACUGACCUUCUCAUCCUAGACAACUUUUUACAGUUUCAGGAGAUGAACAAUAAUCAAACAAAAUGGUGGCAUGCUGCAAAAGACGAAAAUUCACUUUUCACCUUGCUUUUGAAACUGACGUCGUCCAGGAAUGUAAGUUAUAUUGUAAUCAAGAAGGUAAAUGAUCUAUUAGAAAACCUUCUGAAAUUCAAUGUUGUUUUCGACUUCGAAAAUCUUUUGGUGUCUCCCAUUUUGGCGUUAAUUACAUCCCUUCAGAGUGUUUCAACAGAGAUUGAUAUCGAUUCCCCUCAAAAACUCAAAAUUUGGAAGCUGUUAGAUGAAACGAUUGCAAGGAUCAUUAAAACCCCAUAUAAAUAUGUUGACCUCGCAAACAAAUAUGGAAAUAUAUCUCCUUUCUUGGUUGCAUUAUCCGAGCAAUGGGCCUUUGUUGAGAAAACUUCUCCCUUUGAUAUUGUUCUGAAGUGGCUUUUGAUGUAUCUUCGUAUCACUGUUUUCACGGGAGAGAGCACUUUGGGUAUUCAAAAGCUCGCUCAGGGCUUAGAAUCUGUACCCACUCAAAUGGUGGAUGUUUAUCUGGGAUUUGAUUGCUACGAAAAGAUGCUUCCUGAAAUGAGAAAGAAGGAAUAUUUCCUGAUCGAAAACGUGGACUUCUCUUUUUUUCAAUAUAUUACGUUAGUUCCCGUUGAAGAGUUGAAGUCAAUGAUCAGAUAUCCUGUCAAUGAGCUGGAUGCGAUGGCAUUACUGUACAGAAUUAAGUUUCUGCUCAAUGAGGAUACUUCACUGGAGGACAAGCAGUUAUCGACUCUAUUUGACGAUAUGUUAUCUAAAGCUGCAAAUUACGCAUUAUCCAACCAAAGUUUUCUCGGCACUUUCACCUCAAAGAAUUGUUUCACAUUGAUCUCAGUGACUGAAAAUAUGGACCUAACAAACAAAAAGCGUUGUCAGAAACUUGCAUAUUUGACGAAUGGCAUAAUUCAGAUAUUCUACCAGAUAGGAACGAACGUAUUCGAAUUUCAGCAGUAUAUCCUUGGCCUAUUCAAAAGUUGUUACAGCGAAUGGAAGGAACAGCCUGAAUUGAGUGCACUCUUCGUUAAUUCAUUUCACUUGUUGGACGGAUCGCAAUUGCUUGAGGUGCUGAACAGUGACUUUAUUGACGAUGAUGACGCUGUUAUUGAGAUUUUGAAAGAACUCGAUCAAAAAAGGCAUCAUUUAGAUUCACAUCUAUUCAAAAAGCUUUUAUCGAGAAACUCUUCCACUAUUGCAAAAGCUCUGGCUAAUUUUGUAGAUGAGAAUUUCGCUGAGACAUUACUUGAUGAUAACUUUACUUUGCAAUUGAUCCGUUCGCCCAAUAAUAUGCCUAUCUUGGAGCAGUUGUUGAAAUUGAACACCUUUUAUGAUACUCUUAUUCCAUUUCUCCAUGAAAUUGUGGACGAUGAUAUAAUUUUGUUAGUUGGGGCCUACAUGAAGAAGGGCAGUCGGGAGGAAACAUCAAGCUUUUUGCAGAAGGCCGUUGAUCUUGGGUAUUCCAAACUGAAAACUUCGAAGGGUUUAGAAUUUAAACUGAUCAUGAACAUUUUCCUAAACUGUCACUAUUUACUUUCAAACGAAAAGAAAGCCAUCAUCUUGGAGUUUAUUGCAACCAAAUACGAGCAAAAAUAUAUUGCACCAAUAGCUAAAUUUAUCAGUUUGUUUUCAAAUUUCGAUGACAAGAAUAUUAGUAUUUGGAUGAACAAAUCGAUUUUGUUUGUAACCAAAUCAUUUUCAGAGUGUAUGACGAUGUCCCCAAGCUUUUCUGAAUUCUUGCACGAAUUUUGCAGCACUAUUUUAAAGACAGAAAUAUGGUCUUUGGCUUCUGUUAAAAAUUUGCAUACACAAAUCGAAGUGAUUGUUGGAAGUAAAUGGAUAUGCAACAAAGAAGUUCUGACUUAUUUGAACCUUUUAAUGUUAAGCUGCCCCAAAAAGCACGCAAACAGCAAUCGGAUUCUUCAAAUGUUGGUAAACAAUAAGAAUAUUUGCUAUAGCAGGAACAUGUCUGAUGAAUCUAUUAAUUUCUUGACGGCCUCGCUAAUUUUCAACAUCUUCGAAUUAGACCCAGCUAAUUCUUCAAACCUAGCUAUUCAAGAGAAGAUACUAUCUUUUUAUCAAGGCACCAUUUCGUCCGCGGAUAAGCUUCUCUUGAGCAUCUUGGAUAAAAUCGAAUCGAGAACUUCUUCUCCAUGGACGAAUCAAAUUUUAUCAUGGGACUUUAUCGAUGAUAUAAAUGACGAAGAAGUUGGAAAUCAUGAAAACCCUAAGCUCAUAGUUAAAGAAAAAGGCGGUCUUGUUAUUGUUCUAAGCAGGAAAAUGCUUGAACAAACAGCAUCUCACUAUUAUUUGGGGAUUCCUGGGGUUCCGGAGUUUAACAGGAGGGAGAUCGGGGACUCUUGGCAAAAUUUAUUGAAUUUUGACCAAAAAAUAACGCUGGUGACCAAUGGGGCUAGUCGCAACUAUUAUGAUCCAUUAUUUGUUUUGUUAUUGAUUAUUCACAAUGACGAGCUGUUAAGGCAAAAAAUCGACGAAAGUGGUAACACUUCUUAUGAAUUUGACAUGAAGAAAAUUGUAGACACAGGAAUACUUCAAUUCAUCUUAAUGGCGUUAUCUGACGAUGGUGAGGCAUCGCAGGUUGCACUGCAACUGAUUCACAAAAUGAUCUCCUCUCUGGAUGGAAAUAACCAAUUCCGCGACGGGAAAAUUUUCAAAAUCUUCCUAACCAAAAUUGCCUACACCUUUGAGAGGCUUGAUGAAAAUGGGAACAAGCAGUCCUUGGAUGACGUGUGCCCCAUCACAUGGCGUACCAUUUCACGCCUAUCCAGCUGUCUCCGUCAACCUACCUCCCCCAUGUAUGAGAUUGCCUACCGUUGGGUCCUCUCCUUUCCUUCAAUAAGGCCGUAUGAAAUUCCGUUACUUAACUCGAUAUUAUCUUUAAAUCACUCUAAAGAUAAUGAGGGCUACUAUAGAAAACUUCAUUGGGUCCUAGAAAGUAUUUUUGAAGGGCUGCAGACCAAGAAAGACAUAGAACUUUUGAAGACCAAGAAUUUUUUCGAAUGGCUUAUGAAUUUGCUCAAUUCACCUUAUUUGUCAUUUAAAUUGAGAAACAUGAUCUGUUCUAUCAUCUACAGAGUUCAAAGAAUCGAAACAGGUGGCUCCACGUUGAUCACAAGAUAUGCAGCAAUAUCAUUUAUGGAAUCCCACCAGCAAGAAUCCCUUCACAAAUUAGUUGAAUUACAAGCUGACUCUACAACAAACCUCAAAAAUAAAAUUCGUUUAAAGCAAAUCUUAACUUUGAGACAGUCAGAAUUAAAUGGUGAGGAGCUUGCAUUGGGCUAUUCGACAAUAAUUUCUUCGCAAAAAAGGCUGCGUGAGUGGAUGGAUUCUGAUGAAGAUAAUUUCACUAAGAGAGUAUGUUAUAUGUGA